UUAGUGAGAUUAGCGUCUUAUUCUUCUACUUGUCUGAAAUGGAGCUAAAAGGUUUGGGGUUCGUCCCCCUCCUGUUGGCGUUUUGGUGUGCGGCCUGGCUUGCCACCAGCUACAUCAUGACGGUCGUCCUCGGCCAUGCCGCCUCGCCACUAAUGAGCAUCAGUGACGUGGGAAAUUUCUUUCCCGAAAGCAUAUUAUUCAGAAUUGGAUUAAUAGGGACGUCCAUUGGCACUUUGGUACUAACCUUUCUUAUUUAUAAGUAUAUGGUUAUGCAUACUGAAGAGUUCAGGGGUCAUGUAUUUUCCCCCAAAGAAUAUCCCAGGAUACACUUUGUCAGCACGAUAAUUUCAAUUACAUGUGAAGCCUUAUACUACCUUGGGCAGUCCAUCCAGAUGUAUAAAUUACCAGGAGCAAAAAAAGUCAUCCACCAUAGUAGAUGCACCUGCUGUGGCCUGACUUUUGUCUGUGUAAUUUUCUAUUUUGGAUAUGAAACAUUAAAGAAAUUAUUCUAUAAUGAUGAAGACUGGGACGAGAUCCGUGAAAUCCCCAUCAUAAUCAUCGAGUGGGUGAUGCUUCUACUGAUCCUGAUAAACAUCGUGACCUAUUAUUCCACCAUGCAAAGGUUAUUGUUGACCGUCUCCAGAAACAGCUGCACACUCUCUCUUAUGGUAAAAAUUGAUGACUUCGGGGUGUAGACCACCACGUGGGCCAUCAAGUGGACUUCUGGGAGAAAUACUGCACAGGAUACGGAAAAACAUCUAAAGAAGAAUAACUGGGGGACUAUAUGUGGUGCCAGUAAUCAUGACACAAAAAUAUGAGCUGGUGAUA